AUGACUUCUGCCCAAGCUGACAUUGGGCUACCUUCUCCGUCGUCCACCCACGAUGACACCGACACGGAUGAGUCUACUGAUGACGAUGAGACUGAUGACGAUGACGAAAUUCACAUGAGUCCUGCCAUGCGAAAGCUACACAGGGCCAAGCCUGCCACCAUCCGCGAGGCAGAGCAAUAUGUCAACAAGCUUGAUGUCUCCGAUGAGGACAAAGCCAUAAUCAAGAAGCAUUGUGUCGCCAUCCUCCGCGUACAGAAGAAGGCUCAUGAGCGAGAUCAUGAGAAGGCACAUGCCAGAGGCUACCGGCAGGGUGACAAGUCAGCCCGCAAGAUUCUGAAUCAACAGAUGCAGGAUGUACUCGACAUGAACCGCGAGAAUUUGGGCAGGGUCAAAGAGCUUGAGGCAGCGAUCAAAAAGGAGCAGGCAAAGGUUGCUGCCGUCACUCGAGAGGCUGCCCUCAAAGGCAUUGAGCUCCCCUACGCACGCGCUGCCGCGGUGAAGAGAGCACGUGCUCUCACCAGCCCAAGUGGUAGCACAGUGGCGGAGGCGAUUUGCAUUGAUCAAGAUUGA